AUGAAAGUGUACUCUCUUUAACUAUAUUUAAGUUACCUUUUUAUCAUUAAUUUUAUAUUCUCUUAAAGUUCAGUUUUUGAAAAUAUACUUUUAAGAUUUGAAGAAUAUUACAGGGGCGCAUUUAAUAGAAUUAAGCACACUUCUUUUUCACAAGGGCAUAUCUACAGUUUGGGACUUUUACCUAUUAAAUCAAAAGAGGUUACUGAAUUAACUAAAAAACUUUUAAGCAAUAAGCAUGUUAAAUAUGUAGGCCGGUUGUACUCAUGUUGCUGGUUUUGAUAUUACUUUCCUGUAAGCAGUAUUAUGCAUAUCUAGGUUUAAAUACAGUUUCAGGAUGAUUUGAAUUUUCACCUGAAACGUUCUACGUUUUAUCAGACCUCUUCAGUGUAUUCACAUUGAGGUAUAUAAAUGAAUCCACAACUAGAAGAACCCGUAACCCUAUUUUUUCUUCAGGCAGUGUCGCGUCUUUGUCAUGCACAUGCACGACUCUAAUGUAAAAACCUGUUUUAGUACCAGCCACUAAGUUUUCAUGGGCUACAAUUGUGUUAGUCAACUAAUGAGCACAAUUACUUCAUCUUUCCUUUUGGUAGCUUUUGCAAGUCAUAGUGGUGUGUUUGUUGUGGAGGAGCUUUUGUUAUAAUGUACAGAGCUGCUCAGGCAAUUGAACACCUGCUACUAUAUCCUCCUAACCGAUGUGUAACUAUUAUUGUCGCCAGGAAACAGAUGUGAGUUCAUGACUCUGGAAAGUAAGUGUGUUUGGAGUUGUGGUUGAUUUUGUCUGCACGAUGGGCUCCUGUGUGUGUGCGUGUGCGUGUGUGUGCGUGUGUGUGUGUGUUUGUGUGCGUGUGUAGGUGGGUGCGUUACGGAAAAUAUGACUUGGCGUUUCCGGCCAUGAUUCGAUUUAUUUGUUGUGCUCCUUGACACAAUGUGGUGGUCUUCAUUGCCCACCCUAAGCAAAAAAAAACCAAACAAAGGAAAGUGGGCUUUGGGUCACCUGUGAGAACCAAAUGUUAAAAGUUCUAUCACCAUUGACCCCCCCCCCCCCCCCCCCCAACAAUGUUCUUUCUUCCGAGGAACACAAAAGAAGAUAUUUUGAAGAAUGUUUUAACUGUUUUUGUCUGUACAAUGAAAGUCAGUACACUCCUAAAAAUAGAGGUUCUCUAUGGUUCCAUGAAGAACCUUUAACAUCCAUGGAACCUUUCCACUGAACAAAAGGAGGAAAAAAUGUUCUUUAGAUUUUUAAAAUGUUCUUCACACUAAGAAAAAAAUCGUUCUUUGGAGAACCUUUUGGAGCAUUCGUUCCCUUUUGGAGCAAAACAAUAUUGGACCCCACUGACUUUCAUAGUACCUACAAAAAAGUAAACAAUUGUAACAAUUGUACUUUUUUUAACGAACUGGUAAUUUAUAAUGAUUAGUAUCAUGAGUGUAUGUCAAUAGAUUCCUCUUGAACGAAAGUCUAGUCUUUUUCUUGAUGACACACAUCAAAACAAAUCAUUAGCAGUAAAAAAAAAAAAAAAAUCACGAGAAACAGCUUUAACGGGAGCAGGACCUACAGUAUAUUCUUUUCUCUGUUUUCCCAUGUUAUACACACAUAGCGCAUAGUGGUAAGACCUCAGAAAGACUUGUGGUCGGAAGGUAAAUCAUGGGAGCAGACAGAUCUCUUCCAGAUGUUCAAAUUCAGACAUACACACACAUACACUUGAGAGGGAGCUCACUGGGGAGCGGUGAUUUCCCUGGCCGCAGAGUGCAUGAGAGGGUGAAGUCGAGGGACUGGAGACAGACAAACACACAGGAUGCCAACUUUAAAGUCACCAGGAAAGAGCCAAAGACAGUUGCAGACAGCAACAAAUUAACAAGCAUGCUGUAAAUCCUAAAGCAGGCGGAUUCGCCGGUCCGUCUCGCUACCUGUGCGUUGGAGUGUGUGCUUGUGUGAGGGUUAAAUAGCUUUUUGGAAAAACCCUCUGAGAAGGUGUCUCCGGGGGUUGUGGUGACCUCUUGUAGUAAAACAAGUCUUUCCCCCCGUUUUUUAUUCCCUGUGGGAAAAACUAAACAAGUGGAAAGGGUGCGGAUGGAGAAAAUCUGAGCAAGAGAGAGAAGGUAUAUGGGAGUUGUUUUUUGGGAUUGUGUGGGAAAAAUGAAGUGGAGGCUUCCCUGACUGGGUGCAAGAGAUCUGGAAAUUUCCAACUGGCUUUGGUUAUGCUGUUGGCAGCCAUUUCUGACGCACAUUCUGGAGCAAAAAGGUUAGAAAACACGUCAAACGGACAAGGUCAAGUGCUGUUGUAUAAACUUGGAAAAGAAGUACACAGUUUAAAAAUAGAUAAUUAAAGCAUGCAACCAUUCAUCCACUAUGCCAUCCAAUUCACAAUCUAUCAUGAUUUUCAUUGUCUUUUGUCUGUGCAACUAAGACCGUAACUCUUUUACAUAUCUUUUUAAAUAUCACAUGCCCAGGUUAUUGAGCGGCAUCGGUUUAAAUGCACCUCAGCCCUCCCAAACAGGUUUGAAAACCAAUUUCACCCAAUCAGAGACCCUCUUUCUUACAGCUAUAUGAACAUGUCAUAGGUUUUCUAUACCUCCCUCUUCCUCAACCCAUUUUUAAACUCUCACUGACUUUCGCUUAACUAAAUGAGUUAGCAAGUUUCGACUUUCGGAAUGAUCAGCAAGUUGGACAGUGUGCUCAUGACCCAGAGGAAAUUUAUCUUCCAUUAUAAGAAUGUGCGCUGGGCCCGAGGGAGAAACGAGACAUACCUUUGUUUUGUAGUAAAGAGACGCACCGGCCCUGAUUCCCUGUCCUUUGACUUCGGACACCUGCGCAAUCGCUCUGGCUGCCAUGUAGAGCUGCUCUUCCUUCGUCACUUGGGUGCGUUGUGUCCGGGGCUGUGGGGCUCCAGUGUGGACGGUGCGAGAAUUGGUUACGCAGUGACCUGGUUCUGUUCCUGGUCGCCCUGCUCUAAAUGCGCUGAACAACUUGCCCACUUCCUGUCACAGACGCCCAAUCUGCGUCUGAGAAUCUUUGUGUCACGCCUUUACUUCUGUGAUGAAGAGGACAGCCAGGAGAGGGAAGGACUGCGACACCUGAAGAGGGCAGGAGUGCAGAUCUCUGUGAUGACUUAUAAAGACUAUUUCUACUGCUGGCAAACAUUUGUUGCACGGAAGGAGAAGAGUUUUAAAGCCUGGGAUGGCCUUCACGAAAACUCUGUCCGACUUGUUCGAAAACUCAAUCAGAUCCUGCAGCCCUGCGAGACUGAGGAUCUGAGGGACGGGUUUGCUCUCCUCGGGCUAUGAUCACAAAUAUAAGAUUCGCAAAUCAAUGAACACUGAGAUAUGAACUAAAUGGGAUGAAGAGAAAUGGUGCUGUAUGACCUGAGACUUGAAUCCUUUGACUUGAAUCUGACUUAAUACUUAUCUUGUACUGUAUUGUAUGUAGCAUUAAUUUGAUUAUGUUGGAUGCCAAAAUAAAAG